GAAGGGUGAGAGCCCGCGAAGGAUCCAGCAUCAGAAUGAGGGUGCAGGUAAAGAAGAGAGCGGUGAGACAGGCAUAGCAUUCUCGGACUACUAGCUGCGCUCAGCAUGGUGAAUCGGGAGCAAGGACGAGCGUACAUUUGUAUACCGCGUCAUGUACCUAAGACAGAAUGCGGUCGCCACAUGAGUAGCAAAAGAUUGUAACAGUAUCCUUUCGUAGGUAUGACUGUCAGGGCAUGUGCUCUAUGGUGGCUUGUCACGUUCAGCAGCAAAUUAGCCGCUUGCUUCGCCCUGAUCUCCACUGGCGAUAAGCUGCAAUGCAGCUUACAUUGCGCCGAACAACGAGUCCGAAAGGGCGCGGGAGAGGCUCGGAGCCCAUCCGCGCGACCAUGAGAGGCCGGCGCCAAGAACAUGCUCUUCAGCCUUGCGAAGCCUCGUGAUACUGGCACAAAAAUCUGGCGGGUAGCUUCUGAGCGGGAGGUCACCCUAUCCGGUCAGUUCUUUACGUUUGAAAACUGAAGUGUUGCCGGG